GGAUGUUCCCCUUUAACACAUGCAGCUGAUGACGCCACCCGCUGUCCAACAAGCAGCACAACAAGGAAGUGUCCAGCGCCUCCUGUUCAACUCGUUAGGACCUUAGGGUUUUAUGAGCUAAUGUUUACCUUGUAGCGCAGGAUGCCUGUUGAAAGCCCGGAGGAGAGGAGGGUGGAGGUGCUGGCGCUGCCUCCAGGAGUGGAUGAGGAGCUGCUCUUUCUGUACUUUGAGAAUAAGCGCCGCUCCGGGGGAGGUCCACUCGUCUCUGUGGAGAAGAAGGGUGACCGUGCCAUACUGGAGUUUGAAGAGGCAGAGGCUGCAUCCCAAGUGCUGUCUAAAGGGCACCACGUUCUGCAUAAUGUGGAGCUGACUGUGAGAAAGCCUGCCUCAAAGGACCGAUGUAGACUGCUGCUGCAGGGGCUCAACCCCAACACCAACAUUGAUAUGAUAGAGCUCUACGUGGAGAACAUGAUGGGGGUGCGUGACUUCACUCUGUAUCCCUCACAGGGGGGGGAUUUUAUCCUCAUUCACCUCAGCCAACCCUUCUCGAAAGAUUUCCAAAACCUUAGUGCUAAAAUCUCCAAGAAGAUGCUCAAUGGGUCCACGGUCACUCUUGAACAGAUCGAGCAAACUGACUCCAUCUUAGUGGAGAACCUGCACCCUGGCACCACUCCAGACCUGCUCACUUUGUACUUUGAGAGCAACGGAGGUGGGAAUCAGAAGGUGAAGUCGGUCACACUGCUUUCAGAGAGCACAGCAAAGGUGUCCUUUGUUAAUUAUGAAUCUGUGAACCCUGUCCUGGAGCUCCCACACAAACUGGAAGGUGCUGAUCUUGCAGUGAUGCCAUACUUUGACUUUCUUCAACCUACAGAAAGAUUAACAUCACAAGCCUCUGGGAUUGGAAGCCAAGAAAUGACUGAGAGAAACUCAGAGGAUCUGAGUGAUAAUCAGAUGCAGACCAGUCCUCCCGUGGUGGCUAUUGCAAACAGCCAAUCCUCCUCUCAGACGUCCUCUGAGCCUCUUGCUGCCCAAGAAGCAGUAGAAGAGGCAUCAGGAGAUGCCAUCGAGGAUCAAAUGGAGGAAGAAGAUACACUGUCAGACCAUAUUCCUAUCGCUGACCCAGCAAAACUUGCUUUGUUUCAGCUUAGCACCUUUCAACAGGAUAGUGAAAAGGCUCACCCAGAUGUCACCAUCCAAAUCAAAGACAAUGGUGUGCACAUUGCAGGGACUGACAGACAAACGUUUGAGCAGAUAAAACACACAAUCUUGGACUAUUUUGGCAAAAUGGCUGAGACUCACUUCACCCUGGAGCCAGAAAAGGCUCAGUUCCUUGAAAGAAAAGAUGUAAAAAAACGGCUACUGCAAAUCAUGGGUCAAACCGAGUCACCUGCCAUGUACACCGUAUCAGACUGUAAUGUUGCGGUAACCUCCCUAUCCCAGAACUCGGCUAACCAGGCGUGUAACUUUUUGAAGUCCCAGCUGUGUCACUUCAGCAUACCGCUGGAUAGAGAAUAUGAGGGCAUGUUAAACUGCAGAGAGUGGUCUGAGUUUGUGCAGGCUCUGGGUUUCUCCUCUGUAAAGGUGUCAGAACAAGGAAGGAAUGCUGAUGUGUUGACUCUGAAAGGAAUGGAGAGUGAGAAGCAGACUGCAAUCCUGCAGUUCCUUGCUACACCCAUUGAAAGGGAGACCGUCAUCUCUAUGGAGCCAGGCGUGUUGAAAUACAUCCAGACACAUUGUCAUCAACUAUUGGCUGACAUGGACGAAGUGUCUAUCUUUCCACUAGAAGCAGAGGAAGUUUGUGGGUUAAAGAUCCAUGGCCUUGCAAUUUCUUGUCAAAUGGCUAAGGAGGUGUUGCAGGGUAUAGUGUCCUCCAUCUGCACCAGGACCAUCACCGUAAACGCUCCAGGUGUGACCCGCUUCCUAGAUGAUACGGAGUGCAAGAGCAUCCUGAAGGAGAUGGAGACUAAGUUUCAAGUCCUUAUCAUCCCAAAGCUGGUGCCCUGGCAACCCCUGCCACACCAGGACAUUUUUGAAACCGCAUGGACGAUGAUGUCCCACAGAAACUUCCAGAAAGUGUCUUUGGAUGGUUCUGCACAAGAGUUAAAAUCAGAUUCAUUGCAUACUGAUCACAAUGGAGCGGCAGACAGAGGUCUUUUAGAUGAGGCAAAGAGAAUCGUCUCAGCUAUUGAUGAAGGACUCGAGGAGGGUGUGUCCACUUCAAAUCAGCUUGAUGACAUGGAUAACGUGGACCUUUAUACAGCAGAGGAACCAACCAGCCUGACAGACCAGGACUCUAAUGUGAUAGAUGUUGAUGCUUUCCAGCCCUCAGCUGAAAGGAAUGCUACGAGUGGGUUACUCCUGAAUGAUGGAGCUCUGGGCCUUUCCAGCAACCUUGAAGAAGAGGCCCAAAUGUCCCUAGCCAUCCAGUACUCUAUGGAGUCAAGUCAUUGGUCCCUGCAGGAGGAGGAGGAACAGCUGCAAAAAGCAUUGGAGUUGUCAAGGGAAAUGAGCCAACAUGAAGCUUCUGCUAGUAGUACUGACAAGAGCGCCCACGUGGACAAGCUGGGGAAGGGCAAAAAUAUUUCCUUAGAGGACACGAUCAAGGCGGCCAACACCAUACAGUUAGUAGUGUUCGCAGGUUAUAACUGUGACCUGAUUCGGGUGGACAUAGCCUUUGGGAAAAAGGUCAGCCAGAGACAGGUGGAGGAGAAACUGGAGCACAGGAGUGUAAAGAACAUGUCCGAAUACCACAGGAAGUGUCUGGAGAUGAUCAAGCGGAAGCACGCAGUGGAGAUUCAGAUUCAGGGAACCAUAAUUUCUGUUUCCGGCUUCAAGGAUUUUGUGACCGGAGCACUAUGUGAUGUGAAGCUGCUGCUGGAGAAAAUCUCCAAUUAUGUGCCCGACCAGGAAAUCCUGAGAGCUGUCCAGUGGGUACAUCACAACCCAGCCUCCUCAGACACGACUCCUUAUUCACCCGAUGCUACAAUAUUCAUCGAGCAUGCUUGGAGAAUGAAGCUGAAAAAGGUUGAUAUCUUGAUAGACAAUCAGCCCCACACCAUAAACUUUGAGAAGAUGGAAGAAUACCACAUACCUUCAGGGAAAUCUGUGAAAAUCUCCAGGAAGUUGCUCAAUUUAGAGGAUUUGGUUGAGGAUGUGUCAGAGGAGGACUUCUCUCUGCUGUCAAACCUGCCUGAAGCAACCAAAGUCGAUGAGGAAUCUGAUGAAUUUCAGACUGUGGUGAAGAAUUUCUAUGAGACCAUUCAGGAAUACCACAGCAAAAUCAGAAUCAUACAGGUGGAGAAGCUCAUGAAUCGACUACUGUACAAUCAGUACAAGUUGAAGAAGGCGAGCAUACUACAGCGUGCCUUGUAUCCGGAAGUUGAACGAACUCUCUACCAUGGCACAAGUGAGACGAGUGUGAAAGAGAUCUGUGUUCAUGGAUUCAACAGAAGCUUCUGUGGAAAGAAUGCUACCGUCUAUGGUCAAGGGGUGUAUUUUGCUGUCAACUCUGCGCUGUCUGUCCAGGAUCAGUAUUCACCCCCAAACGCAGACGGAUACAAGUUUGUUUUUGUGUCAAAGGUUCUAACAGGAGACUUCACUAAAGGCUGCCAUUCGAUGAAGGCGGCCCCUCUAAAGGAGACCGGCGCCAUUCCCCUCCGAUAUGACAGUGUGACUGACGACAUCACCAAGCCGUCGAUGUUUGUCAUCUUCAACGAUACGCAGGCUUUCCCUGAAUAUCUCAUUACAUGCCAGAGAAUCCACCGUUAGGACGGAUUAGGCGUCAGAUGAUAACCAUAAAAUUGGGAGAAAAGGACUGCUUUUGCUUUAAUGUGUCUGCCUUAAUUUAAAAAAGUGCAUUUAAAUUAUAAAGGGCUAAUGUGUUAGAAGGUACAGUUGGUAUUUUGUCUUUCAUGAUCCAAAUUUCAUCAAGUACUUUGCUGUGGACUGAUUUUGCUCCACUUUUAGUUCAUCAGUGUAGUCAACUCUUCAUCUCUAGUCAACCCCCAUCUUAAUUAAAUAACUCAAAACAUGCCCUUUCGGCACAAUAAUUCUCUGUGUGAGGUGUCUUUAAAUAGGUCUGACUCAGCAGUUAAUGCAUGAAAAUUACUUGUUAUACUCAAUUUGGCAAUUGUUGAGAUUGCUCACACACUCCAGUGUUUAUACGCCUCACUUAAACUCGGAAGCUUCCAAAAUGUGUUGUUUUGAUGAUUUUAAAAUCAACCAUAAAUGAUCUGCCACACACAGUUUUUGAUUUUCCUAAAUAUGGGUAACUGCAUAUUGUGAAUAUAACUGACUUUUUUUAUAUGUAAUUCUUUAGUCCAGCGGCAGUGCUAAAUACACUGUUGUCUAAAUGUAAUUACCAUAACUGACUCACUGAUUUGACCCGAAAAUAUAGCCUAUCUUUGUUUUCUUUUGAGUUCAGUUAUUGGAGUUACCCCAAAAGUAACUCUAGUGUACAGGUUCUGCAAGUUUUUCUUUUGUUCUUCAUAUGCAAAUCACUGAAAGAACUCCUGUAACACUAUAAUAGAAAAUCUCUUAAGUGUAGUUAAAAGAGCAGUUCCAGGUCCACUGCUCUACCAUGAAGAAAAUGUAACUGAAUAAGUAAUCACCAUGUCCACAAAAAGCUAAUUAAGCCUAGGCUGAAAAUAAGGAUCCUUUAUCAAAAUGUAAUUAGUUUUGAUUUAGUUUUCGUGUAAAACUUAGAUAAGUUUUAGUCUUAGACAUGUUUUAAGCUAUAUAUACUACAUUGUAAAUGUCAAGCCUUGCACAUAUAUGUGCACUUUUAAAGAAUGUGGAUUGUUAUUUUAAUAAAACAAAAUAAUGACUUAA